AUGGAGUCCUGGCCUGUCGUCUUAUCGAUCUUCUAUUUCAUUUCAUCUCAAGUGUUACUUCUCUUCACGGUUCAUGCGAUCUUCAUUUACAUUUUGAUCAAAUGCUACCAUGAAGAUAAGAAGGUGAAGCUGAACAUUUUGAACUACAUUAAUCCAAUUUUUUCAGCUAGAUUAUUACAUGGCUGUCCCUUUGAUGGAAUUCGUCACAUUUAUCAGCAUUACGGGCGUUUUUUUCAUGGCCACAGGCGUUUAUUUUCCAGAAUCCUAUGGAAAUAGUUCAUUCAAUCUUGUUUAUUUACUAUACUCGUUUAAUUGUCCCUACGUUCUAGUGUUCAUCGACGCUGUUCUAUGUCUACACCGUCUUUUUAGUUUUUUUCGGAUCGCUCCAUGGUUUUGUAAAAACUUCAAGUGGUGAUUACUCUUCGAAUGUUUGAUCAAAUCAAUUUCAAGUACUUCAGGCCGCUGGCUUUCUCAAUCAUAGUCUCGAUUCCGCAGUCUGUCGUAUUUAUAAUGUUUGGACUCGACCUAAUCGACGAGAUUCCAAGUGCAGAAGACAAUUUCGCGCCACUAUUAACUUUAUACACGGUAAGAAAGUUUGACAUUAUGUUAAAAGUCCACCUAGCUAACACGGGGAGUGCAACAGGUGGUGGGUUGAGAAUUUGAUGAAACGUGGUAUAUAGGUACUUUCGGACACACUGAUUCCAAUAAAGUUGAAAAAAAGCGCACCUUUUGCGUUCUAGUCGAGGUAUGGCAUCUAGAAGUUUGCACGCGAAAAAUGCAUUGGAUGGAAGGAGGGAAUAUGUCGCGGCGGCUGACUUCAUCUGCCAAGAGAUGGCGUGGUGUAGUGGCUAGCGGCCUUGCGCUGUGGAACCUAUGAUGAAGGUUCGGUCCCUUUUUGGUGAAAUUCUUUUUGCCAUGAAGUUUUUCGAAAAAAUUGAUGAAUUUUUGAAGAUGGAACAAAAAAUACCGUUCAAAGUGUUAAAAUCCACUAUUUUAUGUCGUUUUGAAAAAGACUUUCGACAAAAUUUUUUUUGUUUGUUUUUUUUGUCAUACCCUGGACAGGAAAUUUGGGCGUCGAGAAUAUUCUUGCGAAAGUUCAUAGGUUUUUGAUAUAAAUAACAACUUAUUGUAAUUUUAUGGUUCUAUUCUCAUUCACCAAAAAGUUUUUUCGUAAGCUUUGAAGGUCUUUCUUCAGAUUUUCGCAUUCAUCAAAAUCUUCCUAAUCAUUUUCACCCUGUCUGGUUAUGUUCUGAUACUGUGGAGCGUAAACCGGGAGAAGGCGGCAAUGACCACUUCGGCGUCAAAAAAAGAAAGUCACAAUACAAUUGUUCUACAGGCCUUACCAAUUUCCAUCUACUCUCUUGUGAGUUUCAAGCAAAAAACUUUCAAAAUAGAGCUUAAAUUACAGCUUCUAAUAUUCUACGACACCUUUAUGAUUAUAAUAUCUUUGAAAUAUUUUUUCGAUGAUAUCUGGGGGCAACUGAUAUACGGCUCUUUUUUCGUAUACUUCUAUUUGUCGGGUUGGAAUCAAAUGAAAGACUUAUUAACAUUAAAUUAUUCAGCGUAUGUCGUACCUUUCUCAUUCAUUAUUGGAAACUCGAAAAAGAGGAAAAUCUUCACUUCGUUUACCUUCAAAGACUAUCUCAAGUUUGAUAAAAUUACUGCUAAAAACCUGACGUCGUCCAACUUUAUGACAACUGUUGAAUAAACUUGUUCUAUUUUUCUUAUUUCUAUGAUUGAUUGAAAGAUAUGUUACAAAAAAAACAUUGGUAUACUUUUUUUCAAGCAUUCACAUCUCAAUAUAAUUUCAAUUGUACCACCCACCAUGUCAGAAACAUUUUUAAAGAACCUUACCGAUACUUAUUUUUCUCAUUAUAAAUAUACCUCCCCGCCUCCUAUAGGAUAAUUAACUUGUUAUGUACUGAUAUUCGGUCAAAGUAUACUCGUUAGGGUACACAUGGACCUUUUUAUUAUAUGCUGUAACUUCGUGUGCAAUAAAUAUUAUUAUAAUAACUUCUUGGUCAUUUCAAGGACUACCCCGAUUUUUCGAGUUAAAGCUGAAGGAUGGGAACCGGAAAACUUCCUAACGAGUUCAGGAAGACUUAAACUUCGGGGUUAAAAAUAAAUUAUAAAGAUAGGAAAACAAGUCAAUAUACAGAGAGUCAAGGGCAGAUAGGAUAGCUUAAAAAAAUUUUGUCUCAUAAAUCAUUUAAAAAUUUGUUCGGCUAAUGUCCCCAAUUUUUCAAUCUGUGAUAUGAAAGUUAUCACGGAGGAGAGAAUUUUCGGAAAUCGCCUGCGUUCUUUGAAAUUAUAUCUAUAGGCUAUUCCGCGCCAGCUUGUCACGUUUUCCUUUCCGCCAAAAGGCCAGGUCAAAUUUAACCAACUUUCGCUUCAAGACCUUUGUUUCUUGCCGUUAUAAAAGCAGAAAUUUGAUCUAAUUUGGUAUACGGUAUUUUGGCAGGAAGAAAAAAGUGACAAGCUGGCGCAGAAUAGGCUAUAGACGCGGUGCGGUGGAGAGCGUUUUCGGCGCCAAAAGGAGUAUUUAAAAAAUUGACCCUCUCUUUAGUCGUUUCCAAUUUCGCAUGAUAGAUAAGCCUAGAGAGACUGAUUUCCCUAACCAUCCCAAAUAGAUGAUCUAUAUAAAAUCACGCGCAAAUCAGCACGAGUCGGUCGCAUCGAAAAAUAAGCGUGGUUUCUGAAUUGGUUGGCCUCUCAAUGAUUAAAUCUGGUUGCAAUUCGUGGCGGCCGCACACACACAAAUUUUUGGGAAACAUGUAAUUAUGGACAGCUCUUGAUGCAAUGAAGCCCCUUUCAGUCUUCAAAAAACUUUUUUUUUGAGAAAAAACUUUCUGGACGAAUGGAAGCUUGGCUAGUUCGCUUCUUAUUUUUCUAUUUGAUCUCAUCUCAAGCUUUUCUGGUCUCGACGGUUCAUGCGAUCUUCAUUUAUAUUCUGAUAAAAUGUUAUGAUAGAGAUAAAAAGGUCUAAUUUGAAUAUUUUAACCAGGGAGGGCGUUAUACUUUUUGGUUGGGAAAUUUUUGAAAAACGGCUAGAAGACUCUUCAACAAGCCAGGUUAAGGUACUGACCCUCGAAGUCAGAGAAAAUUAUCAGAAGUCUCUAGAGUUAGUCAUUUUCAGACCUUGAGCCUUUGUUUUUCCGAAAAAUAAAAGUUGUGUAGACCUUCUGAUUUAUCAAGGCAUCAAAAAGCAUUUUUUGCCAAUUCUGAGAAAUUCCCCAAACUUAAACUGAAAUGAUCUUGCAUGUUAGCUGUAAAAAAUUUUAAAAGUGAGAUAAUGGUAUUUCAUUUUUCAGCUCGACUUUUACAUUGCGGUCCCUUGGAUGGAGUUUUUUACGAUUAUCGGAAUCCUGGGCCCUAUUUUCCUGAUCUCCAGCUUCUAUUCUCCGGAAUUCGGGGAUAUCACAAUCGUUUUCAUAUUUAUAUUGGUUGCUUUUGCAAGCCCCCAUAUUAUAUUAUUUAUUGACGCUGUUUUAUGUCUUCAUCGUCUUCUCAGCUUUUUUCAAAUCGCUCCUUGGUUUCGUAGGAACUUCAAAUGGUCCGUUUUACAAAAUUUUGUGAAUUUUAGAUGGAGUAUUGAAGGGACAAAGGCUUUAAAAACCAUUUUUGGGCUAAUUUUUUACUUUUUCUCCCUACGCCUUUGUACCGCUUGAGCAGCGUCGGCUCCCUAAGUCGAUUAGCCGAAGUCCUAUCCUGAUAACAGUGGACUGGCUCUAAUGACAUAUCCGUCCUUGUAUGUGACGACUGGGGAUUAUGAAGCCGUGGUUUCCCACUACCAAAAUUUCUUAAACAACUCGGUUGGGUCGAGGCGGGGAUCGAACUUGUGACCCCGUGUACCGUAGACAAGCACACAACCUGUUGCGCUAACCCUUCUGGGCUGAUAUUUAAUACUUCAUAACCUCCGUUCGAAUAAUCUUUAGCAUUUCAGGCCACUGGCUCUCGCUAUCAUAAUCUCAAUCCCCCAAUCUUUCCUGAUCGUAAUGUUUGGUCUUGAUUCAUUCGAAGACCUACUUCCGCUCGGAGCUAUAUAUACGGUAAGAAAUUCAAAACAGCUGAUUCGAAAUUGAUAAUUUUCUUUCAGACCUUGAUCUAUAUCAAAUUCUUCGUGAUAACUUUUACCUUGUCCGGCUAUGUCUUGAUACUCUGGAGCGUAUACCGGCAGAAGGCGGCGAUGAUGGCGUCGGCGACAAAAAACCAGAACCAUACGACGAUCGUCCUGCAGGCGUUGCCGGUUUCCAUUUAUUCAUCCGUGAGUCCCAAGCCUGAAAUAAUAUAA